UCUCAUUACUCAUCAACUGAUAAUGAUUGUGGUGCAGUAAUUGUUGUUUCUUGAUUGUACCUUAAUUGGAUACACGAAAACCCCUUUGGGCGAUGAAUCUGUCAGGUUUGAGUGGUGGCUUUCUGGUUGUACUUCUGGUGGUAUGGACAGGAACCCAAGUGGUGUUCGGACAAUAUUGUAACGGGAAUUACAUAACGUGGGAUGACUUGAAAGUGGAUGAUGGAGCUAUAGUGGUUGAUAAGAAUGGUGGUGGAGAUUCGGUGACAGUGCAAGCUGCAGUUGAUAUGGUGCCCGAAAAUAAUGCACAUAGAGUUAAAAUUCACAUUCUUCCUGGAGUUUACAGUGAAAAGGUUCAUAUUCCUAAAUCAAAGCCAUACAUUUCACUCAUCGGGUACCAAGACAAAGCAACCGAAACAGUCAUAACAUGGCAUGACAAAGCUUCCGAUGAUGACGGGAAAGGGGGCCAGAUCGGGACGUGGAAUUCAUCCUCCGUCAUAGUAGAAUCAGACUAUUUUUGUGCAGCUGGGAUCACAUUCCAGAACACAGUAGUUGCUCCAAUUGGUGGCCAGGGAUACCAAGCUGUAGCAUUGAGGAUAGCAGGCGACAAGGCCGUGUUUUACAAAGUCAGGUUUCUGGGAUCACAGGACACACUUCUGGAUGAAACCGGAACACAUUAUUUCUACCAGUGUUUCAUUCAGGGAUCCACAGAUUUCAUAUUUGGCAACGGAAGAUCACUGUAUCAGGAAUGCACACUGUCUGUUGUGGGGAAUGCAUUUGCUAUAGCAGCUCAGAGUAGGAACUCGGCUGACGAUGAUUCAGGCUUCUCGUUUGUGAACUGCACCGUCAGUGGAACUGGACCUGUGUACUUGGGCAGAGCCUGGGGGGAUUACUCAAGAGUGAUAUAUUCGUAUACCGAAUUAGACAUAGACAUUAAAACAGAAGGAUGGUCGGACAUUGGAGUUCCGUCUGGACACAGUACUUUGGUGCUUGGAGAGUACGAGUGCAGAGGGAAGGGAGCAGACAGAGGAGGAAGAGUCGGGUGGUCAAAAGGGAUGAGCUACAAGGAAGCUAAACCUUAUCUAGAUUCAACAUUCAUAAGUGGGGAACUAUGGCUGGAACUCUAAGUUACAAUCUCCGGUGGCAAAAUGAUUUCAUGUGAAUCGAGUUCUAUCAGUUUAUAGAGUAUUUGU